AUCUACUAUUAAACAGAGACUUGGGGGAAAGCUACACAUGCUCAGUUUGUGUGUAUUACUAGAGAGUCAGCAGAGGGCCAAUCAGCACUGUCAAGACAGAGGGAGAGCAGAUAUAGUGAAUGCAGGGUCCGGGGAGACCGGAUAUAGUGAAUGCAGGGUCGGGGGAGACCGGAUAUAGUGAAUGCAGAGUCUGGGGAGAUCGGAUAUAAUGAAUGCAGGGUCCGGGGAGACCGGAUAUAGUGAAUGCAGGGUCCGGGGAGACCGGAUAUAGUGAAUGCAGGGUCUGAGGAGACCAGAUAUAGUGAAUGCAGGGUCCUGGGAGACCA